AGCAGACAAAAGCAGAGAAGCUUCUCAUCCUCCUCUCUUGGAUUAGAAUCUCCAAAAGCCAAACCCACCUAAUCACAACUAUUCCUUAUCAUACACAAAUUACCAAUUCCACCCCUUCUUCUUUUUACAUCAGACACAAUCUAGCUAGAGAUAUGCCUGUGGCAUGCACUGUAAUAACUCUCCAAUUUGAAGUUACCCUCACCAAACAGUGGCCUAUAUCAUGGUCAUCUGUUUUAUGAGAUUCCAAAUAUUUGUCUUUUCUUGUCUUUGAUCUGCAAUUCAAUGGCUCCUUUGAGUCUCCCUCCUGGAUUUAGGUUCCAUCCCACCGAUGAAGAGCUCGUUGCGUAUUACCUCCAUCGUAAAAUCAAUGGCAGACCCAUUGAACUUGAAAUCAUCCCUGAAGUUGAUCUCUACAAAUGUGAGCCUUGGGACUUACCAGAGAAAUCAUUUUUACCAAGUAAGGAUUCAGAGUGGUAUUUUUACAGUCCAAGGGACAAGAAAUACCCGAAUGGAUCAAGAACUAAUAGGGCAACCAGAGGUGGAUACUGGAAAGCUACAGGGAAGGAUCGAACAGUGCAGUCCGAAAAACGCGCAAUGGGGAUGAAGAAGACAUUGGUAUACUACAGAGGUCGAGCUCCUCAUGGUAUCAGAACCAACUGGGUCAUGCAUGAGUAUCGUUUACUUGAUUCUUUGUGUGCCACUGCUUCAUCAAGUUUCAAGGAUUCUUAUGCACUUUGUAGAGUUUUCAAGAAAACAAUUCAAAUUCCCAAAACAAAACAAGAAAAACUUGAUGAAGAAUUAGAUACAAGCUGUGGGAUUAGAACAUCUUCCCAAAAUAAUGAGUGCAUUAAAAUUGGAUGUGAUACAUCUUCCUCAGAUGUCACACAAGCAACAACAAAUGACACUCCACUACCCCAUAAUCCUCCUUUUGCCUCAGAUGAAGCAAAUAGCGCAGUUGAUAUCUACUCUUUUGGUCAUGACUUCCCAAAUUUAAUUCAGGACAUGGAGGUUGAAGCCUACACAAGCAUGUAUUAUCAACUCCCUUAUCCGCCAUUAGAAGUAGAAGAUUUUCCAGAGAUAAAUAUAGCAGACACAAUGACUAAUAAGUUGAGGAGUUGCAUGAAUGGAACAUUGGAAGACAUUUUUUCUUUAUCUUCUUCUCACCAAAAUUCCACUUCCUUUUCCACGCAAGAAGACUGACAAAAAUAACACAUAAAAAUUAACUUAAAUUCAUUUGCCAUAAAGGUAAUUUGUUCGUUUCAAUAACCAAAUUUAAUAGAUAUGAUAUUAAUUACCACA